AUGCCGCCCCGCCCGCCGCUCCUCCCGCCCGCCGGCUCAUUCUACCCUCCCAACGAUGGAGCAACUUACCGCGACCUGCUGCUCUUUGAGGAGCGUCUCAAGACGAACGCCAUGAGCCUCACCCGCAGAAAGCGGCGGUAUCAACUAUUCCUGCUGCAGCUGCUGCUGAUUAUCGCCUUCCUGCUCUGUGAGGUCGGGCUGCAGACGAACCUGCUCGGCGUGCCGUACAAGUGGCUCCUCCACCGCGCCCUGCCCGACCUCUACCCCGCCGACGCCGCGGUCCGCGUGCACCCCUACUUCGCCUCCGGGCUGCUCUUCGUCAGCGUCACCACCCUCGUCCUCUUCUUCGCCAGCGGCAUGUACGCCGAGAAGAUCGGCUACGCCAACCGGUACGUCCCCCAGGCGAACCGCGCCCUCCGCAACUUCAACAUGCACCUCAACACCCGCCAGCCCCCGCUCCGGGCCAAGCUGCCCUUCAACCCGUUCGCCUUCCUCUUCGCCCGCCCCCCACCACCGCCCGCGUCCCCGCCCGCAUCGCCGACCCCCGCGAUCGUCCGCCGGCGGAGCCCCUCCCCGUCCCGGUCUCCAGGAGGAGCAGGGGGAGGCGCGGCAGGCGGCAGGCGGGGCUCGAGCGUGCCGAUCCCGCCGAUCCCGCCCGCGGCGAACGCGCGCGGGGAGCUCAUCUUCAGCUCGCGCGUGGACCGCGCCUUCCGGGAGGCGUACGACCGGUACCGGGCGCAGUUCGAGCGGCGACGGGAGGAGAGGGAGCGCGCGGCGUACGCGCGGACGUGGCUCGGGUGGGCGCAUCUGCAGAUGCCGUGGAUGCGGCGGCCGGUGGGGGGUGCGGGGCAGGGGCAGGGGCAGGGGCAGGGGCAGGUCGGGACGGGGACGGGGACGGGGACGAACACGCCGGUGGGGAGCUUGAGGGGCAUGCCGAGGACGAGGGUCGCGAGUUCGCCGGCGGGGUCGAGGAGGUCGAGUCCGGCGCCGGGGAGGAGCGGGAGGAGGGCGUCGGGGAUGCUGCCGGGGAGUGCGGGGGUGGAAGAGGCGUAA